AUGGGUCUUAUGAGUAUUUUGAAAAAGCUCCGUGAACAGGAAAGACAAAUGAGAGUACUUAUUCUCGGGUUGGAUAACGCAGGAAAAACAACGAUCGUUAAAAAGCUGAAAAAUCAACCUCUUGAUGAAAUUUCUCCAACACUAGGAUUUAAUAUUGACACAAUUUAUUAUGAAAAGGAUGCAUCAAAAGAUGUAGCUCAAACACCAACUAAUAAUACAUUUAAGGUUAAUUUCUGGGAUAUUGGAGGUCAAAAAUCAAUCAGAAGUUAUUGGAGAAAUUAUUUUGAAAAUACAGAUGGAUUGAUUUGGGUAAUUGAUAGUGCCGAUACUGACAGAUUGGAAGAUUGUAAGAGAGAAUUAAAUCUCUUGUUAGGAGAGGAAAAAUUGGCAGGUGCAAGUUUAUUGAUCCUUGCUAACAAAUCCGAUUUAGAUAAUGCCCUUAGUGUUAGUGAUAUUGCUAAAUUCCUUGGAUUGGAACAAUUAUCUCAAACAACAGAGACAACAACAACAAGACACAUUCAUGUUGAAAGGUGUAGUGCCAUAACUGGUGAAGGUAUUUCGGAGGGUAUUGACUGGAUUGUUGAUGAUAUUGCAAACAGAAUUUUCUUAAUGGAAUAA